AUGGCUAACAUAUCCGAAGUAGGAACGCUAAAUACGGAUGAAACCGAAUUGACUCAGCUUGAUACAAGAUUGAGAAUUGUUGGAGAAACUUAUGCGGUGGAAAAGAUUGUUGGGAUCAAAACGAACGAGAUCGGCGAAAAACUCUACAAAGUGCGAUGGAAAGGCUUCUCCGAAAGUGAGGAUACAUGGGAACCGUAUGAGAAUUUAACGGAUGGCUGCGACCGGUUGAUUAUCGAAUAUGAAGUUAGUCAAAAAUCGAAAAAUGACGAAAAUGGGAAGCAUUUACGGCCAUCAACUAGUAGAAGUAAUGAUACAUCGGAAGAUAGUGUCGAGCGAAAUAGCCGACAUCCCAACGCUGCCCGUUGGGAGUAUGAAACAGUUGAAGUUCUUACACCAGAUGAAUGGAAUCGAUUUGGUGAUGUUGAAAAUCGUGAACUUGGUGGUCUCUAUAUUCCAGAUCGAAUUCCAACUGAAACGGAAAAGCUGCUGUGUAAUCUUGCUCCAGAUGUGGGACGCGUCACCAGAAAUAAGCUGAAAGCUGUUAUGAAAACAGAAAGUUCUCCAAUAAAUGAAACAUUAUCGUCCGAUUGUGGUAAAAAACAAACUGCUAGGGGCAGACGACGAGGUGGAAAGAAAAGUGACACAUCUGUAGAUAUGAAAAAAGCAAAUGGUGAUGGACGACGUAGUGUUAUCAAAGAUGAAAGCGCAAUGUUGGCUCAUAACAAUAAAGCUGAGGAAGAACGAAAAGAAUCUUCACUAUCAACCUUUUCGGAAGCAGCAGUUGCAACAAAAUCAGAAAUCCCGGAUGAAUUGUUGCUGUCGAAGUGCGCAGAUGAUAAUUUGCAAAUUGUAGCAGCAGAUACAUCCACAGAAGACGAGCAAUCUGAAGUUAAUAGAAGUAGCUCUUCAGCUCGUAACAUUAUCAAUAAGCGUACAGGACGAGGAAGACGAGGAAGCCGAGGACGUGGAAGACGAGGCAAAGCAUCCACACCAUUCCGUUUGAUUGAGGAUGGCAUUUCACCAGCUAAUUCUGAAGUGCGACCAGCAAGUUCUGAAUUUGAUGAAAUGCCAAAUUUGGUAGUGGAUGAAAUGGAAUCGAUAUCUGAUGAAGAAAAGUCGAAUUCAAUAUGUGAAAGUACAUCGAUAAGUUAUCGAGGUAGAUCUCGCGGUCGAGGGUUAGCAAGGGGAAGCAGAGGGAAAAGAAUAGCUGCCUCACGUGGAGUGAUUGUGGAGGACACAAGCGAAACGUCUGACAAUAGCAUCAGACCGACUAAGGGCAGAAAGCGAAAAUCCUGUACAAAUACCGAUGACAUUAUUGAAAAACGGGUAUGUACCAGUGAAGGAACUUCCGAACGAGAUGGACUUCCAAACGUAGGUAACAACGCUCGCAUGUUUCCUGCAGAUGAUGAGUCAGAUGAACCAGAACUAGAUGUUUCAGCAUUAGAAAUGCUUAACUUUGAGACACCAGAGUUACCAAUGCCUUUGACAAAUGCCGAAAUUUCAGCUAUUGAAAUUGCUACAAUUCGUAGACAUCAACAAAAUCGCGAAAAACCUCUACAGACAUUUGAGCAGUUUCGGAGCGCAGUCUUAACGAAUCAACUCUCGGCUGUUAGGUGGACGGGUCGUUGCGUACCAGAAAGGCGCGGUUUUGAUUUCAACCAGAAAUAUCGCGGCAAAACUGUUGCAAUCGAAUUAUGCGAGAGACCUUGUGGUCCAGCUCAUGAAACUGAUGACAUGUUACGACAAAUUGUCCGUGACGGUGCAAGGUUGGAUAUUCCGGAUGACACAAGGGGGCGUAUUCCGCUGCAUUUUGCUAUAUCUUGCGAGUUUUGGUGUCGAGUCAAAACCCUUCUGCAUUUAAGAUCACCAGUAAAUACUGAAGAUAAGGACAAAAAGACACCACUGCAGCUAGCGAUUCUUACUCCUCGUGCGCCAAACUUCGAAGUGACAAAAACGAUUUAUCUACUUCUUGAGUAUGGUGCUGACGUUAAUGAAGUGAUCAAGAAAAUGGCACCAUUGCGAAACAGAUAUCUGUCAAAUCUUGUCGAUCAUCAGCAGCGCCUUUCAGAGGCUUUUGAUGAAGCGAGAAUGAAAACUUUGGUGGACAUAGCAGUAAAACGAAUACUUCUUCCGGUAUCCGUCCGGGCGAUGUGGGAAUUCGAAUCAACAAAUUGGACGACUGAAAUAGGCUUUAAUCAUGAAACGUUCCUGUUCCCCAAUGAUCGCUAUGCCUAUAUGAUAUUACUGGCUGUUUUCGAUUAUCGCAGCGCACGAUAUUGGCGUGUACGAAUGUGGGGUGAAAGUCCUUUCGACGACGUGCAAAUGAAUGAUGCUGCGGUGGAACCGCUUACAAAUAAUCCGAAGGGUUUCAUUUAUGUAACUUCGCUGAUCAAUGGCUGGAAUAAACUAAAAAUCAAAUUCCAACCAUAUGUAAAAAAGAAGAAGUGGUUAAUGAUGGCGCAGGUAUUGCUUGUACAGUUACACAAACCUGCUUCGUAUAUACCGAGACCCGCGCUUGAAUUAGCUCCUGAAAGUGGUACUGAUUGGAGACAUGAAUGA